AUAAGAAACACGAGGUCAGCACGAUGGUGUUUUCAUCACUCGGAAAAUACAUCUGCAGGUGUCAAAAUGGGCACGUCAAGUGAGGAAAAGCCGACACAGCCAGACCCUGAUCCAGCUGAGAAUGAGAGCGAGAAUGAGACACAGGAUGUGGAGGGAGGAGGGUUUAGUGAUUAUCUGCGCAUAUUCAAAUACGCCGACAAAUGGGACUGGACGCUCAACACCAUCUCGCUCAUCGCCUCCAUCGCGUCCGGCUCCGUCAUGCCCCUAAUGACAAUCGUCUUUGGCCAAUUCACGACGAAAUUCAGCAACUUCUCGACGGGCUCUUCCGACCCCGACCAAUUCAAGUCCGACGUCAACAGGUUCUCCCUCUGGUUCAUCUACCUCUUCAUCGCCAAGGCCGUGCUGAGCUAUAUCGCCACAAUGACGAUCACGAUAUCCGCGAUCCGCACGACAAGGUCAAUCAGACAGGCGUUUCUGGAGCAUCUGCUGCGCAUGGAGAUUUGGCAUUUCGAUUUACCCGGCAACGGGGCGCCCGCGACACAGGUGACCACGAAUGCGAAUCGGAUUAACACGGGUAUUGCGGAGAAGUUGUCGCUGGCCGUGCAGGCUGUCGCGAUGUUCGGGGCGUCGUUUAUUAUCGCCAUUGUGAUUCAGUGGAAGCUGGCGCUGAUUACACUCAGCGCUGUGCCGGUCAUCCUCAUCAUCACGAUGAUCUGUAUCGCUAUCGAUGCCGGGCUGGAGACGAAGAUUGUGCGAUUAUACUCGCAGGGCGCGGUGUUAGCACAGGAGGUGCUAUCGUCCAUCAAGACCGUGCAUUCGCUCUGGGCGCAGGAGAGGAUGAUCGCCUCGUAUGAUGAGUACUUGUGUCGAGCGCGCGAAGAGGGGAAUAAAAAGUCGCUGAAUUACGGUGUCAUGUUUUCGGUGGAGUACUUUUGCGUGUAUUCGGCUACGGCGUUGGCGUUUUGGCAGGGUUUUCGCAUGUUUCGGAGUGGGGAGGUCGAGGAUAUUGGGAAGAUAUUUACGGUUGUGCUGUCGGUGAUGAUUGCGUCGUCGUCGAUUACGGUUCUUGCGCCGCAGAUCACGGCACUCACGAAUGCAGCCGCUGCUGCGUCGGAGUUGUUUGGGAUUAUGGAUAAGAAGUCUUCAUUAGAUCCGCUAGCUGAGGGUGGUGUGAAGAAGGAUAACGAUAGCUGCACUGGACAAAUCGAAGUAUCCAACGUCGACUUCGCCUAUCCCUCACGACCUGCUGCGCGGGUUCUGCACAACUUCAACAUUUCCAUUCCGGCUGGAAAGACCACCGCGUUAGUUGGAGCCAGUGGAUCAGGAAAGAGUACCAUGAUCGGGCUGCUGGAGCGCUGGUAUACACCGUUAUCCGGGAGUAUCAAGAUGGACGGGGUGGAGAUUGCGGAUUACAAUACGAAAUGGCUGCGGACGAGGGUGCGGCUGGUGCAGCAGGAGCCUGUGCUCUUCCGGGGAACAAUCUUUGAGAAUGUGGCUAAAGGGUUGGUGGAGGAGCAGAAGAUGUUGUCGCGUGAGGAACAGGUCAAGUUGGUGGAGGAGGCGUGUAGAGCGAGUUAUGCGCAUGAUUUUAUCCUUGAGCAACCAAAGGGCUACGACACAUUCGUCAGUGAAAGAGCCGGCACUCUCAGCGGCGGCCAGAAACAGCGCAUCGCCAUCGCACGCAGCAUCGUAUCCAAUCCGACAAUCCUCCUCCUCGACGAAGCAACCAGCGCUUUAGAUCCCAAGUCUGAAAAGGUGGUGCAGGAAGCACUCAAUCAUGUUUCCAAGGGAAGAACGACUAUUGCCAUUGCGCAUCGACUGUCGACAAUCAAAGAUGCGGAUAGUAUUGCCGUCAUGGCGAAUGGGUGUGUGGUGGAGCAGGGGACGCAUGACGAACUCGUAGCGAGAGAUGGGCAUUAUGCGAAGCUGGUGAGAGCGCAGGAUUUAGGAAACUAUUCGAAUGGCGAUGAAUGGAGUAGUUCGGAGGAUGUGGAAGAGGAGGAGAUGCUGUCUGUCAAGCAGACGGUGUCGAGCAAAACGGUCACUGCGGACGCCAUCCAGGCUGACGAGGGGAUGAAGGACAAGUCGCUGAUAACAUGCAUCUUCCUGAUGCUCCUCGAGCAGAAGUCGCUCUUCCUGACUAUCUCCAUCGCCCUCAUCGCCUGUGUUGCUGCUGCUGGCACAUUCCCCGGCCAGGCAGUGCUUUUCUCUCGCCUCAUCAAUGCCAUCGCCAUCGAUCCGGAUGCCAACAACACAGCCAACUUUUACUCGCUCAUGUUCUUCGUCGUGGCACUGGGCAAUCUAGUCGUUUACUUUGUCCUUGGAAUACUCUCAAAUAUCAUCGCUCAGUCCGUCACGCACCGCUAUCGACUGGAGAUGUUCCAACACAUGAUCCACAUGGACAUGGCGUUCUUCGACAGACCAGAGAACAGCUCCGGGGCGCUGACAUCCAAGCUAUCCACUGGUCCUGCCAGCCUCCAAGACCUGAUGUCGUUCAACCUGUUCGUGAUUGUCGUUAUCGUUGUGAACGUCGUCGCGAGCAGCUGUCUGGCGUUAGGCUAUGGCUGGAAACUCGGCCUUGUCGUGGUCUUUGCUGGGCUGCCACCACUUAUUGGAUCUGGAUAUCUUCGCGUGCGUCUGGAGACAAAGCUUGACGAUGACAAUGCAGCUCGAUUUGCAGAAAGUGCUGGCCUUGCCAACGAAGCCGUCGGCGCCAUUCGAACGGUUGCAUCGCUAACAUUAGAAUCCGGCUUCAUCGAGCAAUAUACCCACAUGCUAGCUGGCGUUGCAUCACGGUCCAUCCGCGUUCUAUCCUGGAUCAUGAUCCCCUACGCUUUGUCCCAGUCUCUGGAAUUCCUGGUGAUGGCACUAGGCUUCUGGUAUGGGUCUCGUCUGUUGGCGAAUGGAGAGUACACGACGGAGCAGUUCUACGUGAUCUUUAUCGGAGUCAUCUUUGCCGGACAGGCAGCGGCGCAGUUCUUUGGCUUCUCCACGAGCUUGACCAAGGCGAAGACGGCUGCAAAUUAUCUAUUCUGGCUGAGGAGCGUGAAGCCGGUUGUACAAGAGACGGACGAGAAUAAGGAUAAUGGGCCAGACAGUGAUACUACGCUGGCACUGACGGACGUCGAGUUCAGCUAUCCACAGCGCGAGGAUCGAGUACUCAAAGGUGUCUCGAUGAAUAUCCAACCCGGCCAGUUCGUCGCCUUCGUCGGCGCAAGCGGAUGCGGCAAAUCCACCCUCGUUUCUCUCCUCGAACGAUACUACGACCCAACAUCCGGCACCAUCGCCAUCGGCAACAAAGACAUCAAAUCUCUCUCCCCCCGUCUCUACCGCUCCCACAUCUCCCUCGUCCAACAAGAACCCGUCCUCUACCAAGGCACAGUGAAAGACAACAUCACCAUGGGCCUCUCCACCGCCCCCACCGACGACCAGCUCCACAAAGCCUGCCACCAAGCCAACGCAUUCGACUUUAUCGUCUCUCUUCCACAAGGCUUUAACACGCCCUGCGGUGCGCGGGGGAUGUCCUUCUCCGGCGGGCAACGACAACGCAUUACUAUUGCGCGAGCGUUAAUCCGCAAUCCGCAGCUGUUGCUACUCGAUGAAGCGACGUCCGCGUUGGACACGCAGUCUGAGAAACUGGUGCAGGCGGCGCUGGAUGAAGCGGCCAAGGCGGGGAGGACGAUGAUUGCCGUUGCGCAUCGGCUGUCGACGAUACGAGGGGCGGAUGUGAUUUAUGUGUUUGCGGGUGGGAGGAUAGUCGAGAUGGGGACGCAUGAGGAGUUGCAGAGGCUACGGGGGAGGUAUUAUGAGAUGUGUCUUUCGCAGUCGUUGGAUAGAGCUGUAUAGACUGUUUGUUGUAUGUAAUGUUUGAUAUACCCAUAGAGUAAUAGUGAAUGCAAAGAAGUAAUAUCUGCC